AUGUCUAGCGUUGAAAUUAUCAAUCCAGGAGCAAAAAAAAUAGCAAUUGGGUUAGGAAUUCCUGAAGGAACAUUAGUAUUUUCUACUGGACGACUUGGCAGAUUUAAAAAUCAUGAUUGGAAUCCAUCAAAUAAACUUCAUGGAGAAACAUCACCAUUAUUGAAAAUUAAAUAUAUUAUUGAAAAGACUAUACUUUAUAACGAUAUUAGAUUAAAAUUGGAUGAAGUUUAG